UCAUUUUGAAUUUUGAGCUUAUUCUUAAGAAUUUUUACUGUUGACACUGAAACUUUUCGGUAAGGAUCUCGAAAAUCCAACCCCGAGCAGAUGACGAGUUUAGCAAAAUCUUACAGGUUGCGUCUAGGAUAUGCCCAUGUAGCCAACAAUCUCUAUGAGGGUUGGGGUUCGUACGCCAUCGGGGGCAGCUCGGGCGCCUCCAUCAAGAGUGAAGCUAACGUCUUUAUUCCUAAAGGCAACAAGGAGGUAACUUGGAGGGGGGGAUACAGUUUUUACUCAGUGGGGGACUUGUUCAAGAACGGGGCAUCGUUCACUCAAACGGCGCAGAUUGGACCUGCGAGGCUGAAGAAGUACGGCCCUGGUCAGAGGUUCCAGGUCGCUAGUGCCGAUGCUGUCAGGGACCUCACGAGCUCCGCCGGUGCCCAGAAGCUCUAACAACUAAGCUGCUAAAAGAAAUACCUUUGACAUCCUUUCCGAUUUAUCGGCGUUGGUAUU